CUCCCUCGUGGGAUAAAAUCCGCUAUUCACAGGCCCCCGGAGCCAGAGCAGAACAACUGUGGCCUCACGAGAAGCACCGAAAGCAGCGACGAGGACACAAACUCACACACGCGCGCACACACACACACACACACACACUUCAAAAGGGGGGAGACCGAACGAGCUUGCACCCGCUUUGGAUGCUGUGUUUCUGUGCAGGGACAACGGUACUUUUGCUGUGAGGCGACUGCAGACCGCCAUCCUCCUAAGGUUCCCCAAAGCGGCCCACCCGGCGGGACGGCGACAUGAAGGUGACGGCCCUGCUCGUCGUGGCCACCUCUCUGAUUUGGGGGAGUUUCGGGAAGCCGCAGUUCCCCGAGCGCGAGAAGGAUCCCAAGUUCUGGAACACGUGGGCUCAGCGGACGCUGAAGAACGCCCUGACCCUGCAGAACGUCAACACAAACAGGGCGAAGAAUCUCGUCUUCUUCCUUGGAGACGGAAUGGGCGUUCCCACGGUGACAGCGGCUCGAAUACUGAAGGGUCAGCUGAAUGGACAGAGUGGAGAAGAGACCCAGCUGGAGAUGGACAAGUUCCCCUUUGUGUCCUUGGCCAAGACCUACAACACCAACGCGCAGGUGCCAGACAGCGCCGGCACGGCCACGGCUUACCUCUGCGGGGUCAAGGCCAACGAGGGCACGGUGGGCGUGAGCGCGGCCGGCGUCCGCUCCCAGUGCAACACCACGCGGGGCAACGAGGUCACCUCCAUCCUCAGAUGGGCCAGCGACGCAGGCAUGUCGGUGGGAAUAGUGACGACGACCCGGGUCAACCACGCGACCCCCAGCGCCGCCUACGCCCACAGCGUGGACAGGGACUGGUACUCGGACAACGAGAUGCCCGACGAAGCCCUGAGGGACGGCUGCAAGGACAUCGCGAGGCAACUCUUCGAUAACAUCCCCAAUAUCGCUGUGAUUCUGGGUGGCGGGAGGAAGUACAUGUUCCCCAAAAACACGUCCGAUGUGGAGUACGCCGGCGCUGCGAAGCACAGCGGCACCCGAAAGGACGGAAGGAACCUGGUGCAGGAGUGGAUCGACAAGAAGAAGGCUAAAAAGGGUCAUUACGUAUGGAACAAGAAGCAGCUGUUAUCACUGAACCCCAACAACGUGGAAUACUUACUGGGUCUCUUUGAACCCGCGGAUAUGACGUACAACUUGGAGAGGAACACGGAGACGGAUCCCUCGCUGACGGAGAUGGUGGAGGUGGCCAUUAAGAUCCUCAAGAAGAACCCAAAGGGGUUUUUCCUGCUCGUGGAAGGCGGACGCAUCGAUCACGGACACCACGAGGGCAAGGCCAAGCAGGCUCUCCACGAAGCUGUGGAGAUGGACCGAGCCAUCGGCCUGGCGGACCUGAUGACCAGCGUCCACGACACGCUGACAGUGGUCACCGCCGAUCACUCCCACAUGUUCAACUUCGGGGGCUACACGGGCAGAGGGAACCCCAUGUUCGGUCUGGCCCCGAUGCUGAGCGAUGUCGACCAGAAGCCCUUCACCUCCAUCGCCUAUGGGAACGGACCGGGCUACAAGCUGGUCAACGGCGGGAGGGAGAACGUCUCCACCGUCGAUUACCAGGAAAACAACUACCAGGCCCAGGCGGCGGUGCCCCUGAGCAUGGAGACCCACGGGGGAGAAGACGUGGCCGUGUUCGCCAAAGGGCCCAUGGCUCACCUGCUGCACGGCGUCUACGAGCAGAACUACAUCCCCCACGCCAUGGCGUACGCCGGCUGCAUCGGCGAGAACCGGGACCAUUGCAGCGGCAGGUCGGCGGCGCCGCGCCGCCCCGCCCUCGCCGCCGCGGCGGCCCUCCUCGCAGCCGCCCGGCUCCUGUGCUGACCCCCCCCCCGACCCCCCCACUCCACCCGGUAGUCCUUGACCUGUUAAUAACCCUGUUUAAUCAUAUUUUACUCUCCGCCAUUUUGAUCAUUGUUUUUAAAAUGAAUUUUUUUUAAAAGCAUCGGGGCAGCAGCAUUUGUCAGAUGACAAAGGAAAGAAUUGUUCCCCUUUUAGGUUCUGAAGUGACGAGUGUCGUUGUGCACAGAACCUCACACAAUCAGAGACCUCGAUGGUUUGUCUGUGGAGUCGAGUUGGUUUUCAGGGACCAUUAAGUCUCCUUCUAAGAGGUAAACCCUUUAAGUUGGAUUGAAUUUGCAAAUGUUUGAAUAUGUUUCAUAUUUUAAAUGUGCUACAUAAUCUACCUCACGAGCUUGCAAAGGAUCUCUUCUGUAGUUGUGUUGCAUUCGGAAGGAAAGAGGCAACUGAACGUGUGAUUGACAAAAGUGUAAAAGAAUAAAUCUCUCGUCACACAUUCAAAAAACAAGGAAAAAGCCAACCUACCAUUGUUGUGUCCGGUAAUAGAAGUUGUAAAACCUCUUGACCAAUAAAAGAAAUGUCCUCUGAU